GCCUACAGACUACAAUGAUUAUUUAUUCAUAGCCCAUCAUCAAUGAUUGCCAACCAUUGUAAACAAAACUAGCCACUGAACAAACAGAACUCUGUCGAUGGCUAUGGCUACAUGCUUAUCCCUGCAACUACCAAUCAGAGCCAUGGAAGAUUCAGGCUUUAAUGGAGGCAGUUCUCGAAAGCAGGAGACUCUUGGCAUACAUGACUUGUUCCAGAGUUCAUUUACCGGAACUGCUAGACGUUGCUAUUUAAAAACUAGGGCUGCACCAAGUGAUCAAAACCCAAAACCAAAAAGUGUUAUAUGUACUGACUGCGACGGAAAUGGUGCAGUUUUGUGCUCACAGUGUAAAGGAAGUGGAGUGAACUCUGUUGAUAUCUUUAAUGGACAAUUUAAGGCUGGUGACUCCUGUUGGCUUUGUGGAGGGAAAAAGGAUAUGUUAUGUGGGAAUUGCAAUGGAGCUGGCUUCCUUGGUGGUUUUAUGAGCACUUUUGAUGAGUAGAAAUUACUUAUUUGAGAGUAGAGUAUUGCAAGGUAUAUUUAAGCACUGAAAAUUGACUGGAGAUUAAAUGUAAUUGUAACUUGCAAGUAUAAUUGCUCAAACUUCAGUGCAUUUCUAAUACAGCUACCAAAUCUCAUCAAGAAUAAAAGUUCAAAGUUUUGUAUGA